AUGUCUCAAAGGAAGAUGCUGCAGUUGUCCACAGGAGCUCUGCUUCUUCUCCUGUCCUGGUUUGGUGGCCUGGUCCUCGGAGAGGUCAGCAGAGACUUUUCCAAAUGCCUUGAGUUUUUCUAUGACAGGUCUCCGCCACAGGGCUUCAAUGCAGAAGUGUACCAGCCGAUAUGCCAGCGCUACAAAAACCAGUAUCACUUUGCCAGCCUGUAUCACCGUGUGCAUCGCACACCACUGUAUUCUGCCUACACACUCGGCCCUGCAGACGGCAAACGUCCUAAUAUCUCUUGGAUGUAUGAACCACAGUUGGCCUUUUCUCGUGCCAGCUCUGAGAUGACACCUUUUCACACCCCACUGGACCAGAAUGUGAUCGAGAGCCAGGCGGUGCUCCAGGACUACAAGGAGUCCAACUACACAAAAGGCCAUCUCAAUCCCAGCAUGCACCAGAAAACGAAGGAGAACCGGGAGGCCACCUUCACCCUGACCAACAUUGUCCCCCAGAUUGCAGCCUCCAACUCUGGCCCCUGGAACAGACUAGAGAAGGAAGUAAUGAGAAAAUUCAAUAUGUUCUGUGAGGGGCCGAUGUAUGUGAUCACAGGGGCCUUGCCUUAUGAGCCUGAAGCGCGCUGGAUCAACAACAGAGUUUCUGUUCCUGAGUACAUGUGGUCUGCCUACUGUUGCCCAACCUACAAAUCUAAAAUAUCUGAAUCUGAGCGCAAAUCUUUCCCCACAUACGCAGCGGUGGGAAGAAAUGACCAAGACAGUGGAGAGGAGAUUGUGCCAGUUAAUGUGAAGGCGAGGAUAUCGGUGCGAGGUUAUGAUGUGAAGCGGAUGACAUUGGAGGCUCUGGAGGACAUCCUGGGAAAAAGGCUGGGGAUGCCCAUCAGUCUGUUUGCUGGACAGUGUCACUAAUAAAGAAAAAUAUGCUUGAAAUGCAGUCGUCAGAUAUCCUGAAAACACAGCUUGAACAUGCAGAUCAGUCAUUUUGAUUUUUAAUUUGACAGUAACAAAGGGUGACAGUGCUUUUAGCAUUAACUUUCCCAUUCAUGCCUUAUGUAUCAGUGUCUGAGUUGUAUGGGCGUCAGGAAGUGUACACACACGCCCCCUAGUGUUGAGUCACAAUCUUAUUGCUGUACAAAUGAACAACUGAAAUUGAAUAGUUGUCUCAUGAUGAUUGGAAAUGAGUGUUUCUGAUAAAUAUGAUCUUG